CGUCCGGGCGUGUUCCUUUGGCCAUCCGCGAGACCCAUAAAGAAGCGAUUCGUCAUACAGUGAUCGUUGGCGGAAAAUCGGGUGCGAAGAAAAGUCAUCCACUCGACACGGAAUCACCAUGAAAGAACUGACCCUUCAACUGACCGACGAGGAACGUGAGGCGAAAGAAUACUUCACGACGCUGUUUGCGGCCUUGAAUACACCCUGCGAUGAGGGCACGGGGGCCGACCUUGAGGCCCGGCUGCCGCCCUGGUACGACGACGCGAAAUUCAAGCGCGGCCAGCGCUUCUACGCCGACAAUCGGUUCGGAAUCCUGCAGGCCUCGUUCUGCAGUCUCCUGGUGUUGCUGGCCGAUCCGAAAGGAUUGCGCAUCCUGGAGCACACUGGCCGCUCGAGCACGGUGGAGACGGCCCGCAAGCGGUACGUGUCCACCUUCAUCCACCUGAGCGACUGGUACGAGUGCGAACUGACACCCGGCUCAAGAUCGUGGAAAUCGCUGUCCCAAGUGCGCCGGAUGCAUCUGAGUGCAUCUCGAAGCGCCACCAAGCGGCAGCUCGGGCACAUCAACCAACCGGAAAUGGCACUUACUACCUUCGGGUUCAUGGGGUUCCCGUUGGUUCGGCCUCACCUGCUCGGCAUCCGGUACGACAACCGGGAGGAUCUGGAAGCGUUCGUCCACGUGUGGGCCGUGAUCGGGUCUAUGCUGGGUGUUCACGAUCGUUACAACAUGUGCCUGCCCCGACUGGAGGUGGUGGAGAUGAUCUGCCGGAUGGUGCUGCGUUACGUGUUCGUGCCGUCGCUGCAACUCGAAUCGCCCCUGUUCCGGCAAAUGGUCGGUGCGAUCGUGGACGCGUUUGACGGUUACAUGCCGUUCACGUCGUACGAAAGUGUGGCUUUCCUGACCUGCCGGCUCGUCGGCAUCCCCGGCUAUCAGUACGAUGUCGACCGGAAGAAGGAGUUUAUGUGCCGGGCGAUACUGACCCGCGCCGAACUCGACGCCGUGCUGGAGUCUAUGGGGGCGAAGGACGGCUACCGGCGGGUGUUAGCCCUGUAUCGGACCAUUUUCUGCGAUCGCCUGCGGCUGUACAGUGUGAAGGAAACGUACGGUGCGGAGGUCAACCAGAACUACCUGGAGUCGGGCGAGGGAGUAAACGGAACCUACACGAAGCUGCGCACAACCGACGAGAACGACAACGAGGCGCCGGCACCGGGAACGAAGGGCUCGGAGCAGGAGCUUCGCGAGCUGCUGGGCCUCAAACACAACCAGGAGCUGAUCGUGACGAACAUUGACGACGAGGACGAGUGGGCCACGUACCUGAACGACGACAAACUGAAGCAACUAUCGCCGGGCGGGCAGAACAACGUUAAAAGGACCGUUCGGUCGCUCAACAUGUGCUACAACCCGAUCGGGCGCUUCGUGAACGAGUCAGUCCUCUCGGUGAUACUGUACCGGGUGCGAAAGUUACAGGCCAAGUAAUGGAACGGAGACAAUGCAAUAUUCGGAGUACAAAACGAUCGCCAUGUUUCAAUUGUAUGCUGCGCGAUUCGAGCGUUCAACGUUUGCAACGGAAAGCAAUACCGAUUAUACAGGCUUCAAUGUUUUAUCGAGGUUUUUUAUUACCUUAACACAGGCGUACGCUGGAAAGGGAACUAAUGAAGCAACUAAACACAAACCAUACAUCGAAAGUUACCGGCCAAGUAAUCGAACCCCCCCGGACCUGAUAAUGCAAUUUUCGCAGUACAAAACGUGAUCGUUGUCAGUUGUAUCGAGUUUUAGGCUUAAAUAGUUUGUAUUACCUUAACACAGGCGUACGCUGGAAAGGGAACUAAUAAAGGAUCGCAAUUUUAAAUCCAUCGGCUAAAUUGCAUAAAGUAUCAAAAUGGAGAUCAGUCAAAUGAAGAUCAGUCGACUUCACUGACUCCGCAAGCUUCCUACAGGAUAUGGAAAAGGGCUUUCCAUAAAAGACCCUUAG